AUGGCGGAUAAUGAAGGACCAGUCUUGGUACAAGAUUUACCGAUGACAUUUCAGGUAAAAUACUUGGGGCAGAGCGAUGCAAGAGGCCUAUGGGGUAUCAAACACACGAGGAAGCCUGUUGAUUUGAUGGUGGCUGCAGCGAAAGCCCUACCUCCAGGGCAAGUGCUACCAAUAGUGAGGCUAACCAUCACAGUGGACGGAGUACACCUCGAAACAAUAAAUCAAGAAAUAAAGAAUGAAUUCGAGCAUAUGGCGGUCUUCUUCAAUAUAGAGUCAAUAUCAUACGGUGUCCAGGACCUGGUCUACACGAGGGUAUUCUCCAUGAUCAUUGUGAAGGACAACGCUGAUGUCAAGGGUCUGAAUCCCUUUGAAUGUCACGCGUUUGUUUGUGAAUCUAGAAACGCAGCUCGACGACUUACAUAUGCACUGGCAGCGGCCUUCCAAGAUUACUCAAGACGAGUAAAAGAAAUGCAAACUGCAGAAAUCGACGAAAAGCCACCGAGCUUGAAGAAACGCUUCGCCAUCGACUUGAGAACACCAGAGGAAAUAGAAGCCGACUUAGAGACGGAAGCUUAA